AUGGACGCCGAAAUCGCAUACGAGAAUCAGGGAGUCGACCCACCCCAAGACGAUGCUAUGGGCGGAAUGGAGGAGAGAGCACAUACGCCAACGCAUAACAGUCGACACUCUGCGUCUGCAUCUGCAGAUUUCCAAACCCCAUCACAAUAUCCACAAGAAUAUCCUGCGUCACCUCCACAAGAAGAACCUACAAAUGGUCGAUAUGCUACCCCUCCCACAACUUUUCCCGCGUCACUUUCGCGCCCGGCUUCGGGUUUGUCAGGUCAAGGCAACUAUGGCAACGCAUACCAAGAACAAAAUUCACGGGGUUCAGGUGCGAGUACAGAUCAGCAACAGCAGCAACAACGGGGCUCGAAGAAUAGUGUCGUCAUCAAAGUCGGCAUGGUAGGGGAUGCUCAAAUUGGCAAAACCUCCUUAAUGGUCAAAUAUGUAGAAGGUAGUUGGGACGAAGAUUACAUUCAAACCUUGGGUGUUAACUUCAUGGAGAAAACUAUAUCUAUACGCAAUACUGAGAUUACAUUUUCAAUAUGGGAUUUGGGAGGACAGAGAGAGUUCGUGAACAUGUUACCGCUCGUUUGCAACGAUGCAGUAGCUAUAUUAUUCAUGUUUGACUUGACGCGAAAGAGUACUUUGAAUAGUAUUAAGGAGUGGUAUAGGCAGGGGAGAGGUUUUAACAAGACCGCGAUUCCAUUCCUGGUCGGCACAAAAUACGAUCAUUUUGUGAACUUUCCGAGAGAGGAUCAAGAGGAGAUCUCAAAUCAGGCUCGAAGAUUCGCAAAAGCAAUGCGCGCAAGUCUGAUUUUUAGUAGUACAAGCCAUAGCAUCAACGUUCAAAAGAUUUUCAAGAUUGUCCUCUCAAAAGCCUUCGACCUCAAAUGCACAAUCCCCGAAAUCGAAAAUGUUGGCGAACCUCUUCUCCUUUACCAAUCCGUCGGUUAA